AUGCGCGUUGUGGCACGUGGUGCGUUGGGACAUCCAGUGAUUUUCAUGUCCAUGCAACACCAGCCAUCAAAGUCAAACAGCACAAACGCAGCAGAGCACAUGGCCGCCGUGCUGGAGGCUGCAUGUGCAGCUGGCAGAGGAGCAUGGGGCUUUGAUGUGGUGUGUGACUGCCGUGGUUUCCAGCUCUCCAAGAAUCUAGAUCCGCGCCCUGCUGUGUCAGCUGUGGAGAUGUUGAAACAUGCUUAUCGCGGACGAAUGCGUCGUGCUUUUCUGGUUGGAGCUCCUGUGGCCUUUGGCGGCUUUUGGAAGCUUGUGAAAGGGCUGUUGCCAAAGCCAACGCAGGACAAGAUUCAGUUCAUCUCUGUUCAGGAGGCUUUUGGUGUGUUGCAGGGAUGCUGCGGAUCAGCAGCUUCGACAAUCGUAGUGGAGCUGUUGACUUCCCGCAAGGACAUCUUGAGGCAUAAGUUGGAUGUGCUUUGCUUGUCAGCAGAGAAGGCGGCUCUGAGUUCUGUUGGCGUCUUUGUGAGAAGCCUCAAGGGAUCUCCUUUGCUUUUCCCGGCGAUGCGGGAAGCAAGGCGCUCCGACCAAAUGAAGGAGAAUUUGCACGACGAGUACUGGGAGGGCGAUGUUAUCCUCAGCUUGUCGUGGCACGAUCCGCGAACUGCUGGAUUGGUCCCGCAGGAGCUGCACCAUCGCAUUUUAUCUGAAGAUCAGGCAAAGUCCCUGAUGUGGAUCCCAGAUGUAGUAGUGACGAAUGCCGAGAUUGAAGGGAAGCAGGUUGUCUCCACCUCCUUCUUCGUUGAUAGCAGUGGCAACGUGAACAAAACUCAGCGCGUCCUGGUGAAGAUCAAGGAGGAGUUCGACGGCAAAGAGUUCCCCUACGACAAACAAGCCUUGAAGAUUCUCCUGACUUCGGCGACCUACAUGGCUGAUGCCGUCCAACUGGUGCCAUGCAAGGACGCCAACUUUACAGAUGCUGGCCCUGCCCAGUUUGACAAGUCUGAUUGGACUUACCUGUGGAAUGAUCUUACGGCAUUUGUCGAGUCUUCUGGGCCCCUUCGAAAGAGCCGCGCGCAGUUUGUUGUCCACAUUGCUCGCGAUGCCACCCCGUAUUUGAGCGGCACCAUCUUUCCUGAAAUCAUGAUUGUGGUUCUUGGAUAUACUGUCUUCCUGUUCCCGGUCAAUCCGGGCUUUGCCAUGCCGCGCGUGUCAUCAGCUAUGAUUGCCUUUCUCUCGAUUUUAACAAUCAGCACUCGGACUUCGGCGAUGUUGCCAGAGGUUCGUCGUGGCAUUGUUUGGAUGGAGCUCUUCGAGAUUGUUUGCAAGAUGCUCUUGUUCACAACGAUUUUGCUCAACAUCCUGACGGAAAGAGUUUUCCAUACCUGGCAACAACCCGAGCUAGCUAACCGUCUCGUUUAUGAGCUCAGAGUGGGUUUCCCCAUCAUCGCGUUCCUUGCGUUGGCAUCAUGCUGGCUCGCAACAGGGCAGCAUCUGCAACUUUUUGCUGCUGUUCAGCGGGUGGCUCUGCUCAUGGCGGUGAUGACGUUCAUUGUGUCUGUGGUGCUCCGAGACAAAGGGCAUCCAGUGGAGAAGUGA